AUGAUGCUGCUGCACACCAUCCCUCUUUUCAAUAAUGACCUUCGCUGUACACAUUCGCGUGGUUCAGCAAGGCAGCACAUGGCGAGCAAACGCAUGGACGAUUCGCAAUGCAUAUCACCUGCAACCGACUCAGCGGAAACUGGUACUUCAGCGGAGGCAGCGUGGAUGGGGACGCACUUUUUCUCGCCACGAUUGACUAAGACGGUGCCGCCGACAGCCUCCUCACUGCUGGAGGUGGAGAAGAUCGCAUGGGUUGGUCUCAGAUUUUUGGCAGUGAAGACAAGGCAGCGGCAACUGCUGCUUGUUCGCUCUGGCCUCACGGAACGCAUGAGCUCGUCGAACUCUGAGUGCGAUGAUGACUCACAGCUUGCAACACUCGCGGAAACCCAUGGCGGUCAACGUGAUGCAAACGCCGUAUGCGUGUCCUUUGCGCGUGUCGCAGACUUCUGCACCACAACCACAGCUACUAAAAGGGGAAACGUCGGUAAAGAAAGUUCACCGGUGUCGGUCAUGAUUGUAGCUGGACUACAACGCGUGACCGGUGUGGUGUGCUGCUGCAGUGCAGCGCCGGCGGCGACUCCUGCGCAAAAGUUGGCACAACCGCAGCCGUCGCGGGUGAAGGAGCACACAUGGAAUAUUGGGCCCUUCAAUCAUGUGGCGUCGACUUCCCUCACGGACUCUCAAGUGUACAUUUGCGCAACAUCGCCGAGUGGCAACGUGGAAGUGUAUACGUGGACGGUGGACAGUGCCGGUGAGGAUGCGGCUCCGGUUUGCGUGCACCAGGUUCUAAUGGCACUUGGGCAUUCCUUCUACGGAAUUGCUGUAACGAGUGCUGUGGUACCGGAGCACGAGACAGCAACACCGGCAACGCAGGACGUCAGCUUCUGGGUCAUGGGUGGUGAAUCAGCGGUAACGCAUACCGAUAGGACGGUGCUGGGCGGCGACGCAGAGGCAGAGACCUCGACCCUGCCGGCUCUGCGUGGUCUCCACGGGCGCGUGCUUCAAGUAGAAUCCCAGACCUCUCAGAGUUCUGGGAAAAAUCAGAGUAGCAACGGAUCUCAUGCAGCUGCGCCGGCAUUCAAUUCGGCUCCGCGAACCUUGAACUCACUGUGGGCGGCGUCGUCGAGUGGCUCACCACAAACAGCAGAAGAGGCCAUCCAGGGCGCUACCGUUUCAAGUGCCACAGCCCCAGCCCUAGCGGCGACCCCGCCCACUGUCUUCGAGGCUGUGUCAAGCCUCCGAAUGCAGGAGCCGUGCUUCCUGCCAUCGCAGAGAAGAGGGGCUCUCCAGAAUGGCGUCGACUCUGCGCACCCCAGGCCGUGCUGCGAGCUCACAAGAAGAUACGCUCUUCUCGUACGCGCUUCAGCGACGCGUGUAAUUGUCACAGACAGAGGCUCCCCCGCCAUCUCUGCCUCUUCUCCAGGAUGUGUGAAUGACGAACAAAAGGUGUCGUGGAGCAGUGCGGUCUUGUCACUGGACAACGCCGACAGCGCUGCUGCGUUGGACUGGCUGGCUGAGGCGUCUUCAGAGGCUGGUACGCCACCCUCGUUUAGCAUUGCCUCUGUUGCCCCCGCACAUGUGAUGGAGGCCAAGCGUCAGGCGAGUAGCACCACCAUUCAGCAACACAUGCACAGUCUUAACAUUUUUACUCCCCAUCGAAUCCUUCAGCUGAGCGUGAGCCAUCAACGUGACUCGACUGAUGACAGCAUCAAGCAGCUCAGAUUCGAAGUGCAAGGCACCUACGAUGUCAACCGUCCCCAACGCAUUAUCGGCAUAGCCCCUCUUUUUUCGCCCAAGGCGCCAGCACCACUUCUUCUCUUCUACGGCUUGGCAAGCAGGAUCGUGACAAACAGCGAUGGCAGCGAUGAGGAUACGCGGUCUGUGUAUGGACAGCAGACGCGGAAGUCGACAUGGGCUGUCGUCGCAGAUGUUCAAGCGUCUCUACUUCAUGAGCUCGCACCGUGGAGCUCUUCGGUAAAGGCGGAGGUGACACCGAAGAGAAGCAUUGACGUGCAAGAACACCACUGUGAAGCGGAGCUCUUUGGAAAAAUCCAGGCGAUUGUCCAGGCAGAGGGCACACGCCUCCAGCGUCACUUAGAUGAGCGCAUGAACCGAUUGGAAGCAAUGCUGCAACGACUACUUCAGGAUUGA